AUGGAUAACCACAAGAUUUGCCGUAUUUGUUGCGAAAAUUCCGGCACCACAAAUGUAUUUCAGAGCAACUAUGGUGUGCCGGUUAGUGUCAAAAUAAUGUACUGCUGCAAAAAUAUACGUAUAUCAGAUGAUGAUGGCCUUCCUACACUGAUUUGUGAUAUUUGUAAAAAGGAACUUGAAGCUUCAUACAAUUUCGUGUUAAAGUGUGAAGCUUCAGACAAGAAAUUAAGACUUUCCAAGGAUGCUAUUUUCAAUUCCUUUUACAGUAUAAAGGAGGAAAUUAAGAAAGAAUGUGAGGAUGAAUGUGACAAUUCUUUUAAUGAUGAUACCUCGGAAUAUCCUGUUGAUAAUGUCAAUGACGAUGAAACAACACCAAAUGAGACUGAAAAUGUAAAUCACAUAGAAAUGAAAAAGAAAAGCAACUCUCUGUGCAAGGAAGUAGAAUAUCAAUGUUCAGUUUGUGGCCGAUUUUGUGCAAGUAAUUCCAUUCUAAUUACACAUAUGCGCACUCAUACAACUGAUAAACCAUACCACUGUCAAUUUUGUGACAAGAAAUAUAAAGAAAAAGGAAGUUUGAAAAGACAUAAAGACAGCAAUCACCAUCCCAAGAACAGAUCUCGUAAUUUUAUUUGUGAGAGUUGUGGAAAAGCUUUCUUCUCAAAAAAUGAUGUUAAAAUUCACUUACGGACUCACACAGGUGAGACACCAUACAUUUGUAAUAAUUGCCCCAUGAAGUUUACACAAAUAAGUGCAUAUUUACGUCAUCAAAAACGCCACAGCGGUGUGAGAAGCUAUUCAUGCUCAAUAUGCAAUAAAAAAUUCUGCACGAAAGAUGAACUCAAAAUGCAUAGCAAUGUUCACUCUAAUGAAAAGAAGUAUUCAUGCCCAAUUUGUAGUUCCCCUUUCAAAUAUAGAAAUAAUUUAAAAAAACAUUUACUGCUACAUUCACAACCUAAAAGUUUUGUCUGCAACCACUGUGGUCGAACUUUCAAUGUAAAAGGCAACUUGAAAAUCCAUAUAGAUAGAAUACAUUCACCGAAAUCAGGUUAUUGUAGUAUGUGUUCCAAAAAUGUUGCAAACAUGGAGGUCCAUAUGUGGCGACAUUCUGGGGAAAGACCACUGAAAUGUGAGCAGUGCUCUAGUAGUUUCUAUGAAGUAAAAGCUUUGGCACAUCAUACCAACUUUCGACAUAAAAACAAAGAAAAGCACAAAUGUACAUAUGAUGGAUGUACAAUGGCAUUUCCCACAAAACCUAUGCUAGACUUCCACAAAGCCAAAUUGCAUGAAACUGGUAUACCUUUUCCAUGUGACAGGUGUUCUAGAGGAUUUUAUAGAAAGAACGAUCUUGCCAGGCAUAAAAUUGGUACACACAAGGAAAGACUACUUUAA